AUGAUAAUUCAAGAAUUUACAAGUUAACCAUCAAAACUGGUAUAUUUUUUUGCUCAAUUCUUCAAUGAAUUGCUUGUACUAAAAUGUGGCUUGCUAAUUUAAAAAUAUGACUAUAAAAUUGAAAGCUUAUUCGAAAAAUUCUUGCUAUAGGUAAUUCGACCUUAUACAUACUUUAUUCAACAGGAAUUAAUGCUCUUUUACAGCAUUGGGACUUUUGUACUUCUUUAACUUUUGAUAAUUUUUUGGGUUUAUCUUCUCAAUAUAUCAGGAGAUUAGGAGAAAAAAACAUACAUAUAGUUAAUAAAUAAAUAUGAAUCAAGCUCAACCUUACAAUUUUCACUCAUUUACAUUUGGAAGUUGGUAUUUUUAAUGUUGUCCGAAUUUCUCAGCCUAAUAAUGAUCGAAGGGUGUUUCGUUAUUUUGUUUGAUGAAAAGAUUGAUAAUAUAUUUUGUCUAAUUAGUUCCAUAAUAAUGCUGCUUGAAAUUUUAGUUAUUGUGAUGCUUUAAUAAGUGUUUAUGAAUCAAAGCUUAUCAUACAUACCAAGAUAACUGAACUAAAUAAUUCGACCAACGCUCCUAGUUUACUUAAGCAAAUUACUAAAAAUAAUUGUAUUGUGCUUAUUUACAAGUUCAAUAACGAAUAAAUCUAUAAUGGUCUUAGUCAUAUUAAUAUUAAAUGGUUUGCUUGAAUUAUAUAUGUUAUUAAUUUUGUCAAUUAAACUGGAUAGAUAUUUGGUUAGACAAAAUGUAUUAAUGCAAUGCUUGAUAAUAUGUGUUUCAAUUUAGCAAAUAAUCAACAUAUACAUUGAUUAAUCCUUAUAUUUUAUUGUAGUAAAUCCCUGUCAUUCUAUUAUUUAAAUUACAAUAUCUUGCAGACCUCUGAAAACCCUCAUAGUACAACAAAAAUUUAAACUCAGUUAUUAGAAAAUCAAAAGAAAUUAUAUUAUUCAUCAGUAGAUGACAGAUAGGAGAAAUUCAGAAUAUAGAUUGGUCAAUAAGAUUUUUAUAUCAUAUCAUUAAAAAAGUUGCAGAAAAUAAGUGUGUUACUGUAAUAAUGAAGAAAUGGUAAUGAUUAAAUUGGAAAGUAUUAUAUUAAAAGACUUAAUUAAGAAAUUAAAAGCCUAAAUACAAUAGUCUUAAUAAUAAUCCUCGUUAUUUUAUAUCUAGUAUAUUUAGCUACUUAUUUAAAAUGGAAAAUGCUUUGACGCUUUGAAUGUGACCUAAAAAGUACUGAAUUAGUUCAAUAGAAGAACAUAACAAUUCAAGAAACCUACACAAUUAAUAAAAGGAUAAAUUUCACUUUAACAAAAAAUAUUAUUUAAAUUACUUUAACAGCAAAUCUUAAUAUCUAUAAAAUAUUCCAUUUAAAGUAGAUCAACAGGAGCAGCUAAACAUUACAUAAUAAAAUAGGCCAUACGAUCAUUAUAACAAAAAGUUGAUUCUGAAAAGAUUUUGUAAGAAUAAUUUAAUGUCAUUUUGAAAGCAAAAAUGGAUUUUUUAGAUGAAAUAGCAAAGAAGCCAAAUCUAGAAGUUAUUUACAUAAAUAAUCAAGCUUUGAAAAUAAUCAAAUAAAUUGAAGAAUUAAAGAAAAGAUUAGUGAAUAAUUUCGAAAUAGUUCCUACUCAUAACAAUUAAAGUUUGCUUCUAUUUUUUCAGAUAGAGAUUUUGAAUGAUUUGAUAAAUUCAUAAACAAUUAACACUAUGAACACUCAACUCGAUGAUCAAGAACAAAUUGUUAAUGCAAAUAACAUUUAUCAAGAAUUUGCCACUCAAUAUUCAUAUGUCACUUUCAUUCUAAAAGAAGAAGAUAAUAUUGAGUUAGUUUAAGAUGGCUUAAAUAAAGCAAUUAGAAUAGGGUCUACGAAAUAUACUUCAUUUGAGGAAAUGGUUCCUUCUUCUUUAGUUUCAGCACAUAAAUACCUUAUGAAAGAUUUUUUUUAAACAGGAUAAAAUAAGUAUUAUUUAAACAUUGGUUAAUCCUUUAUCUAAAUAUCAAUAGGAGUUAUAAGCCCAAUUGAAAUGUGUUUGGAUAUUUCAUUCGAUUUAUCAAUGAAUCAAUUGUUAUCUACAGCAUUUAUCAGAUUAGCAAGUAAUAAUAUUCUAAUCCAUUACUUCUUAUUGGAUGGCCAACUUAAGAUUAGGGAGAUAUCUCAGCUACUCUAUUAAAAGAUAUUGGAAUAUCCAGUAAAUUAAAAAAUGAUAUUUAUGGAUUAAUCCAUCUUUGCUUUUAUUCCUACUUUAGCUGAAAAAGAUUUCCUUCAUGAUAGAACUUUGGGCUUGUAUUAAAUAAAUUUUCCAACUAAUAAUAAUAAAUCAAUUACUACGCAUUCCAAAUAUAGUUAAAAAUCAAUAGAAAUAUUUUAAGGUGUAAUUAGUGUUUCAGUAAGAAAGAUUAAUCAAAAAAAUACAUAUUACAUAUUAGAAAUCACAGAUUUGAAAUCUGAUAAAAAGGUUUAUGAUUCAAUAACAUUAUCAAAUCAAUAAUAAUAUAUUGAAGUGGAUGAAAAAGAGAUUAUUAACAUUCCAUUUGAUAUGUGUUCACAACCCGAAUAAAGUAAUUUUAAUUAAGUAGUAUAACAAUAAUUAACAUCCCGUUUGGAUUCUUAAAGACCAUUAUUAUUCACAAGUCUAGGUGAAUGUUUAGAUGGCUAGAUAGAUAAUGUAAAAGGCAGCCAAAGUUAAUUAUCAAAUAAAUUAGAAAAUUCAGUAUAAUCAAAACAUAAAGAAUCCAAAUCAGAUGAAGUAUUAAAGUAAUUUGACGAUUAAGGAUCAUAAAUAUCAUCAGUGGCAGCAGUUCGAAGAUCUGCUUACUUUAAAUAAUUUUCAAUUGUAAAUUAGUUAAUCUUUUCUAAAGUUUUCCCUCUUAACAUUAAAAUCUUUAAUUUUAUGUAUUUUCUUUAUAUUUUUGCUGGAGUAAUCAAUUUAAGUAUCCUUAUUGAAUAAGUGCAAAAACUAUAAAACUAUCAAGACCUUUUGGCAUUAUUGAGCAUCAAAUAUGAUAUAUAUGAACCAAUUGAAUCAUUUUUAAAUACUAGAUAUACUAUUGUUGGCCUAAAUUAAGCAAUAGCAACUAGAGUGAUAACCUAAUCUGUAUUUAAUGAAUUAGUUGCAUUUCCCAGAUCAAAUUUAGCAAGAGGAUAUGAUGAUUUAAAAGGAAAUAUCUUUGAUGUAAUAUCUCGGAAAGAAUUCUAGACAUUUCUAAAAGAUAGAUAUUUUGAUAGUAAUUGGUAUAUAUCUACUAAUAAAGGAAUCAAUAAGAAUAUGACGUUUAGAAGCGGAAUUUUGGCAUUGUUGAAUUAUUAGUACGAUUUUAAAUUAGCAUACACAGUUAAGACAUUAUAGACAGAUGGACCAUAUUUUUAUUAUUCAUAUAAGAAUUAUAUUCCACUUUAUACAAUCUUUGCCUAAUUGAAUUCAGAUAUUUUGGAUCAACUGACGAACCAACUAACAGAUUAAUCAGAUUAGCUUACUAUGAUUUCAGCUCCAUUUAAUGUAUUCUUAGGAAUAGUAUCUAUUAUUUACUAUAUUUAUUUAAUAAGAUAAAGAAGGUUAAAAAAUAAGAUUUUAAGUCUACUUUAUCAGUAGGAUAAUGAAGUUGUUGGGCACGAAGUUCAAAGAUUGAAAUAAUUAUAAACUUUAAUUAAUUCCAACUAUAGUUCUUUAUAUCAAUAUGCUUUAGAUGUUUAGAGUUUUGAUGAAAAUUUGAAGCAACAAGAAGGGGAAUUCUUUAGAUUAAUCAAUAAAAAAGGGAAUCGAACAGCAGGAUCAAGAAAAAAUAGAUAAAUAAAGCUUUACAAUUUCAUGUAGUUGGGAAUACUCCUUGCCAAUAUAAUUGUUCUACUAUUGUUAUACUACAUUACAAUCAGCUCUCUUGACUAAUAUUUAACCAAAUCAAAAAAUACAGGAUAAUUCUAUGAAUCUCUUUCUAAUACAGGAGUGGAUGUUCUAAUCAUUUAUGCAUAAAGAGAAGUAUUGUACAGAAUAACUUUAUUUUCAUAUUUAACUUCCGAAGAUGCUUCCGAUUUAUAACUUCAAGUGGAUAAUAGUCUAGAAUCAAUUAAUAAAUUCAGUGGAUUGCUGUUAGUAUUAAAUCAAAAUGAUUAUUUAUUGGAUGAUUCAUCCUUAGAAUUAUUUGAUAAAAUUAGUUCUUCUUCUCUAUGCAACUAUUUACCAGAAAUAUACGCAAACGUUUCGACUACUCUUUGUCCCUAGGUUUUAUCAGGAGUAUUAAAUUAAGGAUUGAUAUCAACUCUGAACGUAAUGUAUAACUCGAUUAAAUCUGAAAAACAAGUGAAUAACUUUACUAACAGAUCCAAUGCUCAAGUACCAUUGAGAGAAUUGGAAGGAGCAACAUUUACCGCAAAAGUGAUAAAAGAAUUAGUCAAAAAACUAUAUUCGAAUCUUUAUAAUUACACAAACGAGAUAAAAUCUAAUUUUUAAAUUAUAUACAUCUGUGGUAUUUUUAUAUAACUAAUAUUUGGGUUUAGUAUAAUUUAUAAAAUUAGUGCGUAUGAAAGAGAAUAAAUGAACAUUUUACGAAAAGUUGUCUAUCUAUUGCCUUAAUCAACACUUUUGUUUGAUGAUUCAUUCUAAAGGCAAAUCAAGAUUAUUAUGAAAUAAGGAUAGUUAGUUUGA